GUCACCGGCGAGCGGCCGGAGCCCUGAGCUCGCCUCCUGGAAGCCGCGGGUCGGCGCUCGCCCCGAGGGCGCCGGGACCUCGGCCGGGUGAACACAAACUGCUCUGCAAUUGAUUCGGCCGCGCCGGGCGGGUGCGGGUGCGGGGCCCGGAGGGAGCGCGUGCGGAAGGCCGGAGGGCAGGAAGUCAGGCUUCUGCCGCGAGGGUGGCGCGACCGCGCGGGGACAGAGCCUUCCUUAUUUAUGAGUCUGCCGGCGCUCGCCUGCUUCCUCCGAAGACUUCAGGGAGAGUCUGCGAGCUGCCGUCCCUGCGUGUGAGGCACAGAAGGGCUGGAUGUCAGAACCGCAUAAUUAUUCAUUAAACUACAAACUUUUUUUAACCCAAAGAAUAUCGGUGAUUUUUGUCCACUGCGAGGAGAAGAAGAGAGAGCCCAGGGCUCAUGAAAUGCAGCAGAAUCCUUAUUUAUAAACAGGCCGCGGUAGUGAUAUAUGCAACCCCAGUCUACUCAGUGAGUUUUCUAUCCUAUGGAUAUCGGUCUUGAGAGUUGAGAUUGGAGAGCAGCGCCGUCUGCACUGGGUCCUGCAGCCUCCGUCCUUUCAAUGCCUGGUUUUCUCUGUGACUGCUGGCCUUCCCUGGAGAUCAGAGCGCUCCUGUAUGCCAUGGGCUGUAUUCAGAGCAUCGGAGGCAAAGCCAGAGUCUUCCGGGAAGGGAUCACGGUGAUUGAUGUGAAAGCCUCCAUCGACCCCGUCCCCACCAGCAUCGAUGAGUCCUCCAGCGUGGUGCUCCGCUACCGGACACCCCACUUCCGGGCCUCGGCCCAGGUGGUCAUGCCGCCCAUCCCCAAGAAGGAGACUUGGGUAGUUGGCUGGAUCCAGGCGUGCAGCCACAUGGAGUUCUACAACCAGUACGGCGAGCAGGGCAUGUGAGUACGGCCGAGAGCCAGCUCUGGGAACUGCUAGGGAUGGCCGAGCUUGGAGGCCUGGUGGGGGGCCGCGGAUAGGGGGAAGGUGGAGAUACCAUGAAGACAGGACAGAGGCCAGAGGGAAGCUUUAGGCAGGUAUGCAGGUGGCCUCAUUGGCCCGGUGGCUCCCUGAAAAGUUUGCCUGUGGAUCCAGAUUGGAGUCACCGUCCUGCAAUCUACCCUGCCACUGUUCCCCCGGGUUCCUGUGUCCUUCCCUGCAAGAUGCGGAGAAAGCAGAGAGACAUUACUCCCAGUGUUUCCUGGCAGAGCAAGUGUGCCGUCCGCCUGAGGAGUGUCUGUGCCAUCAGGGGUCACCAGAGAGGCUGCAGGGCUGCCCUCCAGGCCUCUGGCCCUGUGCGGGCCCAUGGCAGACAUUCAGGCACUCUGCAACUCCCAGACCGGUCCAGCUGGGAGCUCCCCGACCUCCAGGAGGGAAAGAUCCAAGCCAUCAGCGACUCAGAUGGGGUGAACUACCCCUGGUACGGCAACACCACGGAGACCUGCACCAUCGUGGGCCCCACCAAGAGGGACUCCAAGUUCAUCAUCAGCAUGAAUGACAACUUUUACCCCAGCGUCACAUGGGCCGUGCCCGUCAGCGAGAGCAACGUGGCCAAGCUCACCAACAUCUACCGGGACCAGAGCUUCACCACCUGGCUGGUGGCCACCAACACCUCCACCAACGACAUGAUCAUCCUGCAGACGCUGCACUGGCGCAUGCAGCUCAGCAUCGAGGUGAACCCCAACCGGCCCCUGGGCCAGCGCGCCCGGCUGCGGGAGCCCAUCGCCCAGGACCAGCCCAAAAUCCUGAGCAAGAAUGAGCCCAUCCCGCCCAGCGCCCUGGUCAAGCCCAAUGCCAACGAUGCCCAGGUCCUCAUGUGGCGGCCCAAGUACGGGCAGCCGCUGGUGGUGAUCCCGCCCAAGCACCGGUGACAGCCAGGGCCACCCGCUAGGUUAGACUCGCAAAUAAUAAUACCGCUGAAAACAAAACUCAGACUCACUCUUUAGUCAUUCAGCAAGAUACAACCAUUCUACCCUCUCCAGCGGGCGGAUCUCACUGUGCUGAUGCCCCCGGGAAGGCCUCCUCGGCUCUCGGCACCUGCUUCCUUUCAGGGAGGGGGGAGAUCUAAGCAGGACAGACAGACCCCACGUGCGCCCUCAGGGUGACCUCUGGUCUCCUUGCCUCUCCUUUUUCUCAGUUUCAGUCGCUCACUUGUAACAGAUUCCCUGAAACACUGCUUUUUCCGUUUUUUAAAAAAACUCCUCUUUUGGGGGCUCAGGGGCAGGAGGAGGGGGAGCUGAUUAGGAGGGAAGCUCCAGCCCCCGAUCAAAGAGACAGAUCCGCACUGCUGCCGAUCUGUGGCGCUGGCCGGCCUUCCCCCCAGGUCCCUCCGCCCUCUGUCAUGCGGCCUUAUGUAGACUUGCUUUGCCAAACUUUUGCCUUAAGCUGAAUUUAAAGGAAGAAAACCAAUCGGAGAAAGAAAGCAGGAUCUCUUUUCUACCGGACUUUUCCUCUUCUGCCAGAGGUGGAGGGAGGGGUGGGGUCGCCCGCGAGAGUCUCUUGAGCCCUUCUUCCCGGUUGUCUUGGGAGAAGGGUGAGGAUGGGCAUUUAGACCCAAAACCAGCUGCUCACUCUUUCUUUUUGGCAGAAACAAAACCACAGGCAGAUUCUGCCUGAACAGCCCCUUCUCUCCCUCCACCCCCAGGUGGUAUCCCCGCACCUGCGGAGAGGGGCUGUGAGCUCUGGCGGGGGGUGGCUCCACCAGUCGCCUGGCCUCUUCUCCCCUCUCUUCCCAGCAGCCUUAACUUCCCUUGGGCGGCUCUAGGAGGAGAGAGGCAGGCUCCUGUGAGCCCAGGGAAUUUUCACCCUCUCAGUCCUCAGGACCCACCCCCAGUUGAGUCCCUGGCCCUUCCUCCAGGUGUGUGGCUUUUUCCUUCUCCAUCCACACUGGUCCCAAAUGCCUGGGGGCCGGCCACCUGGACCGCCGACACACAGCCUCAAUGUUAGUCUCAAAGGUAAGGAAGGCAUUCACGUCCCUUCUUGCAGGGCAUUUUAAGACUUGAAUCGGGUGGGCCCCGGCCCCUGUGGCUGGCUGGCCCCUGGUGUACUGUAAAAGGGCCAAGACAGGGCUCAUUCUCAGGGGCGCCCCUCCCAGGCCCUCAGGGCAGCGGGACGGUGCAGUCAGGCUCUGGGUGCCACAGUGAUGGAGGUGGAAGGCACCCAAGCUCUAGGGAAGUCUUGGGAGGCAGUCGGCCGAGCCCCUGCUUCCUGUCCUCAAAUAAGUGAAUCCAGGCCAAGGGCUGGGAGGGCUGGGUGGGCUUAUGGUCGAGAGGGGUCAGAGCCACUCCGGAGGCUGGGCUGGCACAGUGGAGAGCGACAGGUGAGGACAGACGUCCGGAAGCCCAUCCCUGGGACCUGCCCUCCCUCGGUCCCAGGCCACUGGAGCUCCAGGGCUUACUUAGUCCUGACCCAUUGUGCCAGGGUUCUGAGCAGUGUCGGCCUUGUGGCCACUUGCAGGGGCUAUUAGGGGACAUCCCGCUGAAGCCACGCUCCUUCCAGCUUGCCAAACCCACAGCUACCCACCCGGGGCCCACACUCAGCCUAAUAAUUAUCAAGCACAGAAAACCGUCCAUUUAGAAAAAUAAUCCAUUUCUGCUGCAGAUGAGCCACUUGUAAGAGUCUCCGUGACAGCGUGGGACGGUGUGGGCACCAAGGUCCCUGCCCUGCUCCUUCGUCCACGGGCUAUUGCGUUUAUUCAAGGGCUGCUUAAUGACCGUUCAGCCACUGCCGUCGGUCUCCGGGCCCAGCUCGUGCCAGGAGGCUGUCCUGGGACACACUGGGCUGGAGCUGCCGGCUGGCACGGUGCUCAGGGGGCCCCUAAUGGGGGCCAGGACCUCCCCGCAGAAACUGCAGGUUCUCUUGUGAGGAUGGAGGCCGUGCCACCCCGAAAGGCAGUAGCCUUAGGGGAACAGUGGGUCCCAGCUGCAUGUCUGAGGACUGGUGGGGACAGGGCUGGGACUCAGCUUUCAUUCACUGGAGACUUCUCCACUCAGGUCUUUGUUGCACUAAAGCAGGGACAGGACCCUGGCGGUUCAGGAAGCGGGUCUCAGGCCGCCGGUUUCUUCCCGGAGGUGGGGCUGGAGACCAGAAUGGAAAGGGGCUUCCUGAGCUGCUAGGGGGUGAAGGACCCCCGAACCCGCAUUUCUUGAGUGAGAGCAAACACUCGAGGCAGGAGCCAGCACCCCUCCCACUGCAUGCCCGGCCCCCAGCCCACCUUGCCCCCUGACCCACCUUCACCCGUGCCCCUUCUUUCCGCCCUUCCUUCCUCACCGAAGAAGGGCUAGGAACACCCUGGAGAGGCUGCAGGUCCGGCCACAGACGCUCAGCUGAGCCCCGGUCUGCUCCCUCAGCCUCCUUGCUCAUGUUGGAGCACAGGCCCCAGGCGUCCUGCCAGGGCCCCGAUUCUUCUUACGUCCCCCAGCCCUGCCCUGGCGUGGACAUCCACUCACUCCUUCCAGCAAUAAGAACCGUCCUUGGUCGUGGAGAGUACUGUGAAACAAACCAAUGCACUUACCAGGAGGCACAAGACUCUUGAAGAAGAUGUAAAAUGAACCUUUUUUUUUUUUUUUUACAAAAAACAAAAAGCAAAUAUUCAUAAAGAGAAAUAAAAUGUAAUUUUAAAGUA